AUGACAUCGUUACUGGGGGCAGCCUACGAUUCUAGCGACGAUGACAUGACUAACUCAAAGCCUCAGCCGUCACCAGCGACCAAGAUUGUUGCGGCGCCUGAAGUGAACACAGAGGACCAAGCACACAUGCAGAUGAUGCUAGCUAACACCUCCUCGACCGCGCUAACCUACAACGCCACCUACGAUGAUAUCUCUCGACCAUCUCAAGGACCCGCAAAUCCUUUUAAACCUGCCGGCUCAACUGGUAACCUCAAACGGAAGAACGUUCCAACAGGAUUCGCCGAAGAAGCAGCCAUCAGUGAGGCCACCUUUGCCACGCAGCACCGCACGUUUCAAAGUCUGGGAUACACGCGGAAUCCGGGCCUUCCGGGACAUUUUGUGGGAGAUAUGGAUAGUGCUGCGCAAUAUGGGGGUAGGGAUAUUGUGCAGAUGAAGCCAUCGAAGGAGGUGUCUGCGGCGCUGCGCGCUAAGAGGCAGAGGAAGGGCGAUUCGAGUAUCGUGGAAGGGGAUGGAGCGUAUCUGGGCCCGUGGGCAAGGUAUCAGAACGAUGACCAGGUUUACGAGGAAGAGGCGGCUGAGAUAGACCGGGAGCUCGCCAGCGAUGAGGAGUAUGUGGAGGUAGAUGAGGAUGAGGAGGGAACGGCGGCGAUGGCUCCGUCGGAGAUGCCUGCUAUGAGCAAGGAGGCAACGGAUUACCAGGACGAUGCGUCGAGGGUGGAGACAACCGAGUUUCACGGCUCGGAGCAGUACGACUACCUGGGAAGAACGUAUAUGCAUGUUCCGCAGGAUCUGGGUAUCGAUUUGCGGAAGGACGUUGGGAGUGUCAAGAACUACGUGCCGAAGAAAUUGGUGCAUACUUGGAAAUCACAUACGAAGGCUAUCACGUCUCUGCGGUUCUUCCCUGGUGCUGGGCAUUUGCUGCUUUCAUCGGCUGCAGAUGGAAAGGCUAAGAUCUGGGAUGUGUACCAUCAGCGCGAACUUCUGCGGACGUUCUCUGGUCAUUCCAAGUCUGUUAAUGAUACGGACUUCCACCCUACUGGUAAGACGUUCCUCACGGCGUCUUACGACCGCCAGAUGAAGCUCUGGGAUACCGAAUACGGCAAGUGUAUUGGUCGGUACUCGACUGGCAAGACACCGCACGUCGUGCGCUUCAACCCGGGCCCAGAGCACUCGCAUGAGUUCCUGGCCGGUAUGUCAGACAAGAAAAUCGUGCAGUUCGACACUCGCUCGGGCGAAUUGGUGCAGGAGUACGACCACCAUCUUGCCGCGAUCAACACCCUGACUUUCGUCGACGAAAACCGCCGUUUCAUCUCUACAUCAGACGACAAGUCCCUGCGCGCAUGGGAAUACGGCAUCCCCGUGCCCAUAAAGUUCAUUGCAGAACCGUACAUGUUCGCCUUGACGCGUGCCGCACCCCAUCCAAACGGAAAGUAUGUUGCUUUCCAGUCUGGUGACAACCAGAUUGUUGUGUACGGUGCUACGGAUAAGUUCCGACAGAACCGUAAGAAGAGCUUCCGGGGACACAAUAACGCCGGAUACGCCAUUGAUCUUAAAAUCUCGCCCGACGGACAGUUCAUUGCGUCGGGUGACAGCGGUGGUUAUGUGUGUUUCUGGGAUUGGAAGACGGGCAAGAUGUAUCAUAAGAUUAUGGCCGGUGGGAAAGAAGGAGGAGGUAACGCCACGACAUGCUUGGACUGGCAUCCUCAGGAGACGAGCAAGCUUGUUACUGGUGGUUUGGAUGGCGUUAUCAAAUACUGGGAUUGA